AUGAGGGCAAGCGCACCUCAGCUCGCUCUGCUCAACAACGCCCAAGGCACCUUCGAUGCCGCCCGAUGCGAGAUGGCUCGGUUGCGCGAGGAGCCAUGGUACGAGUGGUGGAAGUGCAGCAGCGGCGCCGCCUACAUCGCAUCAGCUGGCGUCACCGCCGUGAAGGCUAUCAAGAUCCGUAUCGGAGAGCUUGUAGCCUACGACGUAUCCCAUAACAUCAGCGGCGCCAUCGCCUCGCUCAAGAAACUGCUGUCGUCUGGCGUCAUGUGUCCAGGCGUGACGGUCCAGCAAGGCCGCGCUCAGCCCUUUGCGCGGGCAGCCGACCCGACGGUUCUCUUCGCGACUGUGGCUUCGCCGUGGCCUGACAAUCACGGCGCGGCUCUUGCACCAGGUGUUGCAGAAGACCACUUCGCAGAUCCGGCUGCCGUGCAAGCCCUGCUGCGCAACGCCAUCAAUUUGUCCUUCUUCUCGGCCACGCUCGACGGGCUCAGCGACCACCUCUUGACGCUCAUGCACGGCACGCACAUCAGCGCUGCCGUGGCAGCCGGACGUGGACAGCAGCCCCAAGCGCACAGCAGACUGAGUCAGGCGGCCUGCGGCGUCACCGAAGCCGACCUGCUCGCCAUUGGGGCAGCAGGCGCCGACAGCCUGACGCCGUACGGAUCGACGGUGCCCGUGGGCCCGCACUGCACGACCUUCAGCCCGUUCAAGCCCGUCGUGCACGGCCGGGCGCGCUUCAUCAAGCUGACCAUCGUCGACAAGUUCGGGCAGGUGGCGCCGCUGUACCCGUGCGUGUCCCCAGCGCUAUCGCGUGGUUGGCUGCCUGGGACAUCGCCCCCCGUUGCCGACACGGUCGUGGCCGUGGAUCCGCCGGGGGCGUGCCAGUUCUUCCAGCUGCCGCUGCGCAUCAACCAGGAGGCGCGCCUCAACGUUUGGCCGCUGGUCACGGCCGCCCCCGCUGAUGGCGGGUCGGCCGCGGUCUCAGCUGGCGGCAACUCGUCGCGCAUCUCAGCCCUCACGGCGAAGCUAGCGGCUGACACAGCCUUCACAACGGCUUUCUUCGCUAUGCUGGCCGCCGCGCUCAGCAGUACGACAUCGACUCCAGCCGACUACGCGGACCUGGCCUUCCCAACGGUUCUGGGCCGGCCCUUUGCCCUCGUCGCCUUUGGCGUCGGCCUCGAGGUAGCUGCGCCACCGCGCAAGAACCAACCGCUGCUCUGCCCGGACCGCUCCUCCGCCAACGACCCAAACCUCACAGACUACCGCUUCCCCUACAAGGUAGGCGACGGUGACGCCGCAUUCGAUGGACUUGUCACCUACUUCACCGACAGCGGCGCCGGCACCGGCACCGUAAGAAAGAUGUACACCGAACUCCUCGUCCUGGACACCAAGAUCCCCACCGACGCCAUCAUCCAGCCCGCGCCAGGCGCUAUCUUCCAAGGGACGACAACAACAACCACCUACCCAACGCUGACGCUCUUCUUCCUCCCCGCCGACGCCACGCCCGCCGAACAACACGUCGCGCACCGCGGCCCUGCUCAAGCACUUUGA